AUGUCGUUCACCUUCAAACCCGUGGGCACAUCGAGCGCGUCAAAUGCCGACUCGACGGCAACAGCAAAUGCUCCUGCCAGCAACAUGUUUGGCUCAGCUGCCGGUGGUGGUACCCCGGCGUUCUCGUUCGCAAGUACGGGCGAUGCAUCUGCUGGCAAGAGCACCACCACUCCGAGCAACACGGGCUCCGUGUUUGGGCAGCUGAGCAGCGAUACUGCCACGGCACCAAAGACAGAUGCCAACCUUUUCGCUUCCAACACGCCUCCUGCACCAGCAUCUGGAGGUAUAUUUGGAGGCUCCGGCACAACGACAAGCACUCCGACAUCCAACAUGUUUGCGGGCGUCGGCAGCUCGAGCGGCGGAGGCCUGUUCGCAUCCCAGGGCAGUGCUCCCCAGGGCCAAGCGACGACGUCAAACUUGUUCGGCAACACCGACAAAUCUUUGUUUGGAAAAAAUACCGACGGUUCAGGCAACACGCAAGCCGCUGCAGCAGCCACUCCUGCGAAACCCUUUCUCGCCCUCAACUCCACAACGCCGGCAGGAGCACCGCCCGCAAAUUCGUCCAACGCUGGCACGGGCGCGAUGGGAAGUGCGGCAUCAAUGCCAAACGCAGCCAACGCGCCGAAGCCGACUGUUGCUCCCUCUGCUUCUGGCCUUUUUGCCGGAACCCCGGCAGCUCCCAGCGUACCCGGUAACGGAGGCGGACUUUUCGGUGCCAAGCAAGCUUCGGCAUCGGGGGCGACUUCUUCUGGGCUCUUUGCCGGUGCCGGGAGCAGCUCUACUCCAUCCACCACAGCAGCACCGGUCGGUGGUGCUAAGCCUUCGGCAACCUCCAUGUUCGGCGCUGCACAAGGUACACCCGCCGGUGCUGCACCCGCCAGCGCUGCAUCCGCCAAUGCUCCAUCGUCGGCGGCGGCGGCCGGGGGGCUUUUCAGCGCUGCCGCUGCCACCAAUUCGGCCCCUUCUUCCACGCCUGCCAUGGCGGCACCCUCGGCUGGAGGACUCUUCGGCAGCAAGCUAGCCGGCCCUGCAACGGCAGCUUCUUCUGCCACCCCGGCAGCAACGUCGACGGCUGGUGGCUUGUUUGGCAACGCCCAGUCGUCCACUACCAGUUCACCCGCACCCAAACCUGCGGGUUCGCUCUUCGGCGCAGCUCCUGCCGCCUCGCAACCUGCGCCGGCGGGCACGACGACGUCGUCCGCCGGGCCGACGACUUCGGCCCCCGCCGCCGGUGGCUUCUUUGGGGCCAAGCCAUCUGCAGACAAUGCGGCCACGAAAAAAGACGGUUUGAAACUUGGCAGCCAGACUGGCUCGACGGCGGCGGCGCUUGGUGCCUCGACAAACGGACCGACAUCUCAAAUUCCUCGACUUAAGAACAAGACCAUGGAGGACAUUGUCACCCGGUGGGCGUCGGACCUUUCCAAGUAUCAGAAAGAGUUCAAGGAGCAGGCCACCGUCGUGUCGAAGUGGGACAGGAAUCUGGUGGAGAACGGUGAAAAGAUUCAAAAACUCUACCUGGACACGUUUGAGGCCGAACGAGCCAGCCAUGAGAUCGAGAGACAACUUGCAGGGGUUGAAAGUCAACAGGACGAGCUGGAAGCUUGGCUCAACCGAUACGAGUCCGAGGUCCAGGAAAUGUUCGCAAAGCAGCUUGGCUCCGGCGAACAGCUUGCCGGACCGGAUCAAGAGCGCGAGCGGACCUACAAGCUAGCCGAGAAGCUGACGCAGCAGCUUGACGAGAAGUCGCGGGACCUCUCCAAGAUGGUCAAGGAGAUCAAUGACAUCUCCGGAACACUGACCAAGGGAGCCAAGGCGGAAGACCCUCUAAGCCAGAUUGUCCGUGUGCUGAACGGUCACCUCACCCAGCUGCAGUGGAUCGAUUCUAACGCCUCGGCCCUGCAAGCCAAGGUGUCGGCGGCACAAAAGUCGGGCAGCACGCUGGGCAGCGGUUACGCGGCCGGAGACAGCGACGCGGCCGAGAGCUUCUACCGGUCGUACAUGGGACGUCGAUAG